AUGGCUGCCCCUGCUUCCAACUACAAAGUCGCUGACAUCUCCCUCGCCGCUUUCGGCAGAAAGGACAUUGAGUUGUCCGAAAACGAAAUGCCCGGCUUGAUGUACAUCAGAAAGAAGUACGGACCAUCCCAGCCAUUGAAGGGUGCCAGAAUUGCCGGCUGUUUGCACAUGACUAUCCAGACCGCUGUGUUGAUCGAGACCUUGGUUGCUCUCGGUGCCGAGGUCACCUGGAGUUCUUGUAACAUUUUCUCCACCCAGGACCACGCCGCUGCUGCCAUUGCCGCCGCCGGUGUUCCCGUCUUUGCUUGGAAGGGUGAGACCGACGAGGAGUACUUGUGGUGUAUCGAGCAGCAAUUGUUCGCUUUCAAGGACGACAAGAAGUUGAACUUGAUUUUGGACGACGGUGGAGACUUGACCACCUUGGUCCACGAGAAGUACCCCGAGAUGUUGGAGGGCUGUUUCGGUUUGUCCGAGGAGACCACCACUGGUGUCCACCACUUGUACAAGAUGCUCAAGAACGGCAACUUGAAGGUGCCUGCUAUCAACGUCAACGACUCCGUGACCAAGUCCAAGUUCGACAACUUGUACGGCUGCAGAGAGUCCCUUGUUGACGGUAUCAAGAGAGCUACCGACGUCAUGAUCGCCGGUAAGGUUGCUGUUGUCGCUGGUUUCGGUGAUGUCGGUAAGGGUUGCGCCAUGGCUUUGGCCGGUAUGGGUGCUCGUGUCAUUGUCACCGAGAUUGACCCCAUCAACGCCUUGCAAGCCGCUGUCUCCGGCUACCAGGUUGCUCCUAUGGAGGAGGUUGCCGCCAUUGGCCAAAUUUUCGUCACCACCACUGGUUGCCGUGACAUCCUCACUGGCGAACACUUCUCUCAAAUGCCAGAGGACGCCAUCGUUUGUAACAUUGGUCACUUUGACAUUGAGAUUGAUGUCGCUUGGUUGAAGGCCAACGCCGAGUCCGUUGUCAACAUCAAGCCUCAAGUCGACAGAUUCUUGAUGAAGAACGGCCGCCACAUUAUCUUGUUGGCCGAGGGUAGAUUGGUCAACUUGGGUUGCGCCACCGGCCACUCCUCUUUUGUCAUGUCCUGUUCUUUCUCCAACCAGGUCUUGGCCCAGAUUGCUUUGUUCAACGCCGAGAACGAGGAGUUCAGAUCUCAGUUCCCUGAGUUUGGCAAGAACGGUAAGUUCGAUGUCGGUGUCCACUUGUUGCCAAAGAUCUUAGACGAGACUGUCGCCAAGUGCCACUUGGACCACUUGGGCGCUAGAUUGUCCACCUUGACCGACACUCAAGCCGAGUACUUGGGCAUUCCAAAGGAGGGUCCAUUCAAGGCCGAUAUUUACAGAUACUAA